UUUGAUACAAAUGUUGGCUGUAGACUCACCGUUUAUUAUGUGAAGUCUGAUACCAGUAGAGAGGAAAUCAUGGCAUCAGAAUCAGGGGGGAUAUCUCCUACAACAACAGGAAAACAGAUGAGUUCAAAGUUGCGUGAAAAGCUAAAACGAUGUGGAAGAUACCAUUGUUCUCCAGCAUCUUCUAAACUCCUACGGGUUGCAGAAAGUCCACUGGCAGGGACCGACAACCCUGUCACACCCAGCCCAGUAUCAAAGACUCUGCUACGUACACCGAGAACCAAAGGGAAGUCUGAUGUUCAGUCAAGAGGAGGAAAGCGUCUGUUUGGUUUGUGUUCAUCAGAUGACAGUGUUGUGAAGAUGGAGCAUGAUGUACAAUGUAUUGUCAGCUGUCCUAAGAGAUGCAAACAACAAGGCUGUGAGGGACACAGAAAGCUUUGUGCUGACAGAAAUGGAGCCAAAACUUCAGAUCUACUCAACAGAUGCAACUCAGUGGGCCAUGAAUAUGUGUCAAUUACAUGUAAUGAUGGCAAACAUAAAUGUACUUCAGACAGUGAAAGUGUAGAGAAUGUAAGUGACACUGUAGUAAGUUACCCAGCUGACCAUGCUAACCUGGACACACAGCUGCUUAAUGAGAAUACUUCACAACUGCACUCAUUAAAAUGUCUACAUGCAUCACUCCAAGAAAAUAUUGAGGAAAAACAGGAAACACUGCGUAAGCUGAAGAUGGUGAAGAUGUACAGGACUAAGAAUAACUUAGACCAUCUAGACAGCCUCAUAUCCAAAUGGCGACAUGUGAGCCAACAGGCCCUCCAAGAUUUGCAUAAUAAACUGCCGGAGCCAAAACCAACUAUGACCGAGUUAGUGAACCAUUUGCAAAUUGAUCAUCAGCUAGUUAACUUUAAUCCAGAUGAAGAGUCGUUUGACUGAAAUUUGUUUACACCUGUCUUCAGUAUGCAUUGGGGCCUCCAUGGCCGAGGGGGUUUGCACACCAGCACAACGCAAUAACCCAGGAGCCUCUCACGAUUGUGGUUGCUGUGAGUUCAGCAACCUGCAGAUGGUUGUGUGAAGGCCUGACAGCAACCUGUGGAUGGUCAUGGGUUUUCCCCAGGCUCUAGCCAGUGUCCUCCCAUCAUAUUGCUAGCCACCGUUGUAUAAGUGAAAAGUUCUUGAGAGCGGCAUAAAAGACCAGUCAGAUAAAUAAAUAAAUCAGUAUACAUUGCUUUUAUCACAGCAGAAUGAGAGAAGGACAACUCGGCUAAAUUUUUCUCUUUUCAGUGUUCUCACUUUAUUUAUCCCAAAGAAUUUUGGGCAGACACCUGCCGUUGAUAUUAACUAUAUUUGUUUCAUGUAUGUCAUGGGUGAUACAUUGGUUAUUGAUAAGGAA